AUGUUCGUCAAGUCCGAGGCGUCGGAGGUGAAAGAGGAGGCGGGCGCGCUGGCGCUGCUCGGCGUGGCCUCCCCGGCGGCGGCGCGGACCCCGCCUCGGUCCGGCGCGGACCAGGACCGCGGGGAGCCGGGCGCGCCGGGCGGGGCGUGUCGGCCGCGCCGGGCCGCACCGGGGACGCGGCCGCCGGGCCUGGGGCACGAGUGCCGGCGGCGUCCCGCCCGGGCACGGGCCGCUCCCCGCGGCGCCCGGACCGCCGAGACGGCGCAGCGCCUCAAGAAGACGCGCCGGCUGAAGGCCAACAACCGCGAGCGCAACCGCAUGCACCACCUGAACGCGGCGCUGGACGCGCUGCGCGAGGUGCUGCCCACGUUCCCCGAGGACGCCAAGCUCACCAAGAUCGAGACGCUGCGCUUCGCGCACAACUACAUCUGGGCGCUCGCGGAGACGCUGCGCCUGGCCGACCACUGCGGCGGGGGCCCACCCGGCCCGCUGCGCCCCGAGCCCGCGCUGCCGAGCCCGGGCGGCGCCAUGGGCAGCGUGGGGGACAGCCCGUCGCCCGCGUCCACGUGGAGCGGCACCGACAGCCCCGCGCCGCCCUCCUCCGCGCCGUCCGCAUCCACCUCCCCGGACAGCCGCGCCCUCUCCCCCGCCAGCCCCGCCGGCUCGGACCCGGAUCGCUGGCCGCCGGCGCCGCCUGACCGGCGCUGCUGCGCGCCUCGCCGCCCCGCGAUCGGGGGGUGCGCUUAG